AUUGCCGCGUGCUCUUAUAAUUAUCACGAUACAUCAUAACUAAAUCACAUAUUUUGGUAAAACCAUGACAUAUAACGGACUCUACUAACUCUUUCUCACAGUGAAAUUCGUCUUUUAGUUUCAAAAUGUAAAGAUUUUUGAAUAUUCAGUACACUUUCUUGUUGUGAACGAAAUAAAUCUCGUUGUCGAUUACCGUAGUUUACAACUAACUCGAAUCGUUUAUUUGGUUCGCACAUAAAAUAAAACUAUGCAACAAUGUGGAUUUUGUUCAAUGUUGUCGGGCUUGUUGAGAAGAGCAAUGUGUAUAAGCAGCAGACGAGGCAGUAGCGAAUCCUACUACCGAGAACUCGGCGAUCAAGACACAUUGAAAAUCGAGGACAGGUCCUCAAUACUCUCUGAUGAUUCGGAAGAGAUAAUUCAAGAAGUCCCAGUGCUGGUCACUCGAGUUGACAUCAAUGAAAUAAGAAUCAAGAAGAAGCCGAGUCUAUGUACAGGCCGGUUUCUGACGAUGCACAAGCGACGCAAAAAGAGUCUUGUGACCAGAUCGCUGCGCCUGGAAUCCGCUCUUCUAGACGACCUGCAAUAUGGACAAGUGCAGUGUAUCCUCAAACAGUCAGUGAUGUGGAAAUUCAAUGCCUUUACGUUAGAAAACGUCUCCGGUGGGCGUUGCUUGCCCGUGUUGUGCGUGCAUUUGUUCCACGUCUACGGCCUGAUCUCGUACUUCAAGCUGGAUGCUGUUAAGACAUGGAGGCUAUUCACCAUGAUCGAGGAGGGCUACCACAGCACUAACCCCUACCAUAACUCGGUCCACGCAGCUGAUGUCACGCAGGCUAUGCACUGCUUCUUGCAACAGAAACAGAUUCGUGACCAUUUAGAGCCAAUCGAGAUACUGGCGUCGCUGCUGGCUGCCAUCGCUCACGAUAUAGACCACCCUGGAGUCAACCAGCCCUUCCUGAUAGCAACAUCUAACCAUCUCGCUGCUUUGUAUCAGAAUACAUCGGUCUUGGAAAACCAUCACUGGCGAGUGGCUGUUAGUUGCAUCAUUGAGAGUGGGCUCCUGGAGGUGCAGGAAAUUCGCGUCAAGGUGGAACGUCAAAUCAGCUCGCUUAUCCUGGCUACUGACAUAACCAGGCAACAAGAGUUCUUAAGCCAGUUUAAGAAAUACUUGGACAACAACACCCUCGAUAUGAGGAACAGGGAUCAUCGCCACCUAGUGCUACAGAUCGCAUUAAAGUGCGCCGACAUAUCCAACCCAUGCCGGCCAUGGGAGAUCAGCAGGAAGUGGAGCCUGAAGGUGUGCGAAGAAUUCUUCCGCCAGGGUGACUGCGAACGCAAACUCAAUCUACCAGUGACCGCGCUUUGUGAUCGCCACACUACAUCGAUACCAAAGAUUCAGACUGGUUUUCUCAAGUACGUCGUAACGCCUCUAAUCACCGAAUGGCAUCGUUUUCUACAAAACGACCUCUCCGCACAAAUGUUAAAGAACCUUACUUACAAUCGGGCCAAGUGGGAAUCAUUUGUUGCACAAGAGAUCGCCGCAUAUACUAAGACGGACAUAUCUGAAGUGGACGUGAUUGAUGAUGAUUUUGAGACGUGUUCGGGAACUAAUAUGUCGGACAGCUCAGAACUUCUGUUGCCAUUACGGCGUAGCUCUUUAAAUCCCACCAAACCGAGUGGCUUAAAGGAACAAUUGCGCCGCUUGUCGAUGCCACUUAACGUGUUCACACAGGACACUAAGUUCAAGAUCAUAGAGAAGAGCCACGAGUCUCUGGCAGAACGUAACAAGGAAAUCGCAAGUGCAAUCGCUAUAGGAAGUGGGAACUCUACCAACUCUCAAGUAAGUGUGCGCUCUCAAUGCGAACACAGUGAUUCAGCUGAGAAAAUUAUAAGCACAGAGAAGCUGCUGCCUGAUUUGUCGACAGUCUGUAUGACUACACCCGGGCAAGCAACUCGGCUUAACACCGUGAUCAAGGAAGGUGGAACAUGGAAGUUGGUGCGGCAGCAGACGUUCCCUCCGCUGGAGACCAUCGCUCGCACUCGCGCUCUUCUUUCCCGCCCAAUGUACACGAGCACCGAUGACACCAUCUGUCCAUCUCGCCAGACGUCUGAAUUUGCACUGACUUUGGAAGAAAGGCUCAGCAAUUUAUUCAAGGAUACCGACAACGCUUCUGAGACUAUUAACGUAGCCGACGGCCCGGACAGUCGACUAAGGGAGAAUUUCAAACUAGCAGUCAAGCCGACUUCGGGGGCCUCCCGCCGAGACUCUGCCACCGUAGGCAGUCAGCUACGUGACAAUUUGUCUACGGUACAGCUUAGCUCGUCUGAACAACUGCUUAAUCGUAGGAAGUCCAUGCCAACUGACGCUAUUGCUUACUCACCAAAAGAGAAGAAGAUGCUAGAAAUUAUACCUCAGCUGCUGCGACGCACGCUCUCUAGCAAGGACUGCUGGUCUCGCCGCCGAGGGUCUGCUCCGGCCCCUGUGGCCCCCUCUGAACUGCGGGGUCUAGCAUCGCAAGGAGCCUUACGUCACAGCGUAAAUGGGGGCAGGCGAAAGCCUGGCCCCAUUGGUACUUGCCAGCAAUGGCUCGCUAAAGCGACGCACGGCGUCCAGGAACGCACAAUGCAACAUCUGCCACGCAGGGCCUCUUUGCCCGUUGAGGUGAUUACAGGUAUUUGAAACCUCUGAACAACCGAAGACCAAUGAAAAGAAGUAAAUGAUAUAAUCGCGCCAGCAUUUAUGUACGCGAUUAAUGUUUCACGGAAUCGACAAAAUCUCUUGGAAAUAUGUAAUUUUAAAAUUAAACGGACAUGGCGUUAUGGCGACAGUGCCCUCUAGCGAGUACAUGUACUAGUGUUGUUCCGUAGCAUAUGCUGCACCGGUACAGCCCUCUCCCGUCAGUAUGCUGCACCGUUAGAGCAGCAAGUUGGCCUUUGUGUGAAGCUAACGCUAGUGCUGCCAACCCAAUGGUUGUGGAGCUGGUCUUGCAACCCGUGACGUAACAGAAGCGGAAGUAACAUUUCUUUAAGUUUUUUCAAAGUUUGAGUACAAAUUGUUUUCUAUACUGGGAUGAUUUUUUUAUAUUAAGUUUUUGUUAAGUAUUUAUUAAUUUAGUAUCUCUUUCUUGACUAACUUAGUUUAGCUUACUUUACCUUGUUCGAGUUGGCUGAAGGCCGUAAGGACACGACCCAGCAUUCAAAGCGAAUGCCAAGUUAAGACAAGGAGUAGAGUCUCACAAUCAAUAACUUUUAGUAUUUGAAAGUUAUAUAGUCAUAGUUUUAAGCACUUCUGUUUAAGAUCUUAUUUAAACGCCCUUUUGGCGUUCACUUAUGAAGUAUAUUUUUAACUAUUCGUGUUAUAUUACUAAAUUCAGUAUUAUCAGUUUUAACAAUUCGAUCACCUUACAUAAAAAAAAUAGUAUAGACGAAUAACGUUCUAUCAAGUUACCCUCGAUGUCGCAUCUGUAUCGACUUCAAUUAAUUAAAAAAUAAUAAUAAUCGUAUCAGAACUUUCAGAACAAUCGUUGUAAACUGGGGUCAUAUUCAUUAAAAAGGAAAUAUAUCACUCGAUAUAUUUGUGUUAAAUGUAUUUCAUUCAAUAUUUAUGUGUAGUGAUAGAGAAAAUAUGUGUCACAUAGCAGUAUUUAAUAUACCUAGUUAGCGAUCAGCAUCGAUUAUCUCAUAAUACCUAUUGGACUAUAUUUCCUCUGAGUAGAGCAUUUUGUUAUGAAGGAUAUAUGAGCUUGAUUUAGGAUAACAAAUAAUUUUCUCGCUUAGCGGAACUGAAAACAGACUGUUUUCAAAGUGUUCGAAGGUUAAGUUCGAAUGUAAAAUGGGGAGAGAGAACGGACUGCUGCCUUGCUCAGUGGAAAUUAUAUUUAUAUUAUAUUAUAUUAUAUAUCAAUAUUUAAUUAGUCGUAGUUACAUAGUUAUCGUUAAAAGUUUAUUCAAUUACAAAAAUAUUUAAAAAAGAAUGAAAAAUACAAAAAAAAAAUCGAUGUUAUUGAUGUCAGUCGUCGUCUAUUUAUUCAUGGAUGUUUUAAAAAAUAUUUUGCAAUGCAGUAAGAGAUUCUUAGGCUAAGAACUAACGGAGCGGUUUUCAGUCGCGCCCGCCGCGGUGGCGGAACGACUUUUGUUUCUAAACUCAUGAGACCGCAGUUCUGUUCGGUUACCGCGGACGUCGCGGUUGCGGUUAUCGCCCGCAAACUUGUCGGAUGAGAUUUCUGUACGCGCGCCUUCCGCCAACCAACCGCAAAAUACGCGGGCUAAGCAGUGAAGCUGCGGGUGACCGCGACCCGCGUGAUUCUACUAGUUGGCUGCCGGUGCAGUGGAACCCUUACAUACCUGCAUUCUACAGAAGCCGCGAACCCGCAACAAGCGUGUGAAAACGGCUCCGUGAGUUCUUAGCCUUAGGCUCUAUAAAUGUAUCGCAAUAGGUUUAAAUUUAAAUAAAAUUGUAGGUUAAAUAUAAUUCCCUUACAUUCGAAAAUCGAAUUAGAAUAUUUUCAAAUAAACCGACGUCUAGUCUUAUUAUUGCAUUCAUAUUUAAAAAAAUGUAUUUUCGCUUUGAAAUCGGCUUAAGUUUCAAUCCUGUACUAAAUCAAAUAAGUUCUUAUAAUAUUGGCGAUAGAGUUUCGAAAAUAUACGAAUGAAAAACGUCUUAUAACCGUAUGUUCAUUAAAGUAAAUGUUAGUAAUCAAAAGAGGAUUUAAAGCAAGAUGAAAGAAGUUAUUAUUUUUUUUUAUCUUAAACAUAGAAUUAUUCUAUUUAUUUUAUUAUGUUUAUUAUAUAUACUCUGUAAUAUAAUUGAAAUAUAUUAAGUUAUAUAUUGAUCCUAAAAUUAAAUAAAACCUACCCUCAAAAUGAAACCAUCGUAGCUCAUGAACGAUACGCCAACGUGCAAUGUUACGUCAUAAUCGUGAAAAACAUUUGACUAUGCACGUAUUACACGUCUGCACUCGAUAUUCGUAAAUUCAGACACGCCAAUGCUAUAAGAGAUUUUCACUGUAGUUAAAACAACAUUAGUUUAAAUAUUAGAAUAUUUACGAAGUUAAACAUGACAUUGUAGGAUUUAAGAACAUUGUAGUAGUUUAUUAUAGUCGUAAGUACGAUCACCCUCACUCAGUUACAGAUCUUCGUCCUUCUUUUAAUAUAAUUUAGCACAAUUGUAAGUUAAAUGAUUUCUACUAGAUUUAAGUUAUUCUAGUUAACUACUAUAUACUACUAGUUAACUAAUAUAUUAUACUGUUGAUCGAUGACAUUUUAUUUUAUAACAUAUUAAUAUUCGAUAAACAUUUAUUUCCUUUUCCAAUUGACAGUUCAUUAAAUUUACGUUACUUAUCUGCGGCAACGAGACACUGACUCGUUUGAAUUAUUAUCUAAAAAAUAUCAUUUAAUUCUUAUUACUUAAUACGAAAUGCUCAAUGCUAAGU